GCUUUUCCUCGUGGCAGUUAGAAAUGAGCAGGCCUUUUGAUAUAUUUUAUUAUUGUAAGUGACAUUUGGAAGUUAACCAAGUACAUUCUAUAGUAUUCUAUAGAAAAGAGCCUAUUGGUAGCGUAGGCACAGGUAUCAAGGGAUUUUCUAGUUCAGUCUUCAAAAUUUGAUCAUUUCGGAGCAGAAUCGCAGAAAAACGUGGUGGCAGCUUCUCGAAUAAAGGGAUCGGCUUUCAUAAACAAAAAUUGUGUAAAGCUCAAUUGCCGUAUUUCUGAGGUGCACCUUCCGCGAUAGCAGUUGCCGUAUCAGUCAGUAUCCCUUUGGCACUACGAAGAUAAGCAGAGCGGGUGUCGCACACUAGAAGCACUCUAGAAGUCCAGAAUUGCAAUGGCCAGCUCCUUGCCAGAACCCCCAGAGCGCCACUUUGGGUACGAGUGUCGCAGAUGCCGAGUCUCGGAUUUUGGCGGCCGCCGCUACUCUUGCUGGAUCUGUCCCAAUUUCGAUGUGUGCGGUGAAUGCUAUGACGCUGGCCAGAUACCCCUGACGCGCCACCAUCUAUACUACCAUCCCCUGGAGGCGCACUUUGAUCGCCGCGAGUUCCGUGUCUACUUCGAGGGCGAGGCCUACGGCUCCGAUAUGCAGGCACUCCAGAGCUACAAGUGCGCUCUUUGCGAUAUGCGCGGCAUGAGCGGCGCUGAUCUCUACCGGCACUUGCUGCAGUCGCAUCGGGAUCAUCAGGAUUACUCCUCGUACAUCGCCAUGGUGUACUCGCAUUACCUAAAACAUAACUCAUUGGGUCCUUGCAACGCUGCAGAAACUCCUUCCCGGUCGACCACUUCCCAGAUGUUAAGGAGGGGCACCGGUUCCUACCGCCCUCCGACCGGGUCGGGGGUACGCAAGUCAACUAUUCGCACUCCCACCGCGGGGUCAGUUGAUAUCGUUAAUUUACUGAGGAGCAUACCGGAAAUGCUGGAUCCUCAUAACGACGAUCUUCCAUACAAGUGUAUGGAAGUAGUGAAUACAAUAGGCACCCUACGUGCUCAGCAGAACGCCUGCACCCGGGCGGAGGAGGCCGCCGCCAUUGGAUCGUAUGUCCGUGUCCUCGAGCAGGAGAUACUCAGUCGGAUGUCCGAAUGGCGGCAGUUGCGUGAGGGUCGUUCCUCAUCGGGCGGUCAACUGAUGCGCCGUCGCAGUGGCCUGAUUCCAGGAUCAAGUGCUUCUUCGGCCGUCUCCAUGGCGGCCGCAGUUCGCGGACGUCCUUCCUCGGCAACACCGUCGCCCUUGAGUACAUCGGAGCAUGCCCGUCGCUACAUGGAUGUCUGGCCAGCAGCUACUCGACCCUUUCGUUUGCCGCCGUCAGCUGUGGCCGCAAAUCAGGAAUUUCGGGAAGCGCUUGCCCAAAGCGCCAAGUCCAAGAGCGGCGAGACUUCAAAGGAAGUGGUGGUAGCUAAAAAAAUCUCGCCUCCGGUCAAGAAGGUGGUUGAUCCGCGCUUCCUGUGCCCAAAAUUAUUAGCUAAUGACAAGAAGGCCGGCUCUUCUGAUUCGAAAACUAAACAGCUUAAGGCCAACUUUAUUCAGGCCAUUUUAUGCUCAAUGUUGGCCGAUGAUGAUCUAGUUUCGAUGCCAUCUGGACUUCCACAUCCCAUAAAUGACCCUUAUUUUGUUGAGGCUAGUGCGGGCUUUGGAGGAAAUCGCCUGGAAAACGCAUGGGUCGCAUGGAAUGAACCUGUUUUUUACUAUGAUUGUGUCGAUCAAAACUUGAUGCCUGCCACGGCUUCCGAUGGUGUCGAAAAUCCAAUGUUGCCAGUGAUUGUCGAGGAUGCCGUCGAGCAUGAUGACGAAUAAGAUUCAAAUUAAAUCUCACAAGCAAACCAAAUAAAUGUUAAAUAAUAAUGAAGUAUUUCUCAUAAUCUAAAUAGCUAUUAAAUAAAUGUUUAUUCUUCAAUUAAAAAAAA